CAGCCAAGGCUAUAUAUUUGUCAAAUCGCCUCACCCUACAGUGAUAUUUUUUUCUUCUGGAAUAGAUCUCUUAGCUCAUUUCCAGCUCCAGAGAGGUCCAUCAUCAUGUUGUUCAGUCAGUGGAGUCUCCUCCUGACCGCGUGGAUGUUUCGGCCACCGCAGGUUUCUGCUUUUAACCUGGACACACAGAACGUGAUAAAGAAGCGUGGAGAAGCAAACACUUCGUUUGGGUUUUCUAUGGCCAUGCACCAUCAGCUCAAACCUGCAGAGGAGCGCGUAUUGCUGAUUGGAGCGCCUCGUGCUAGAGCAUUUCCCGUUCAAAAUGCCAAUAUAUCUGGAGGUCUGUACAAAUGCAAAUUCACAAUACAAUCUGAUGACUGUGAACGCAUUGCUGUUGAUACAGAAGCUCGUCCUAAGGAUAGGACAGGAGUAGACUAUAGAGAAAACCAAUGGCUAGGUGUUCGUGUCCAAAGCCAGGGCCGAGGAGGCAAAGUAGUGACUUGUGCCCACAGGUACCAGGAUUGGAGUUUUACCAACCAGCGGUUAUUGGGUAGAUGUUUUGUCCUGGAACAGGACCUUACAUUGGUGAAGGAUGGAUUGAGCACAAGAUCAAUUUGUAGGAAUCGGGAAUCAGAUAAGCGCAAGUUUGGAUACUGUCAACAGGGUCUCUCUGUAGCGUUUUCCAAAGACAGCAAAUAUCUUGUGUAUGGAGCUCCAGGAGCCUAUGACUGGAAAGGCAUUGUGCAUAUGGAGCCUGUAGAUGACUUCUCUCUAGAGAUCUAUGAAACAGGAGAUCAUAACCAACAACAACACAAGCUUAUUCCUGUGGACAUCAGCAGCUUUUUAGGCUUUGCUUUAGAUACUGGGAUGAACCUCACGAAGAAAGGAGAGUUGAAUGUUGUGGCGGGGGCUCCACGCUCAUACCACAGUGGGGAGGUUUUGUUGCUCAGACCGGAUGAAAAGGCAGAAAUGAGAAACUUGAAAGCUGAACAUAUCCUUCGAGGUCCCGGUUUGGCCUCCUCCUUUGGCUAUGACCUCGCUGUUCUUGACUUAAACGCAGAUGGGUGGGAUGACAUUGUGGUGGGUGCACCUGAGUUCUCUGCGAAAAACAUGGAUGAAGAUGUUGGAGGGGCCGUGUACAUUUACAUCAACCAGGCCAAUGGACAACGCUGGAACCAAAUCGAACCAGUGUGUCUGUACGGGAAAAGGGACUCCAUGUUUGGACUAGCAGUGGCACACAUUGGGGAUAUAAAUCAAGAUGGAUACCAAGAUUUUGCAGUGAGUGCUCCCAAUGAGAAUAAAGGGAGAGGCCGAGUGUACAUAUAUCAUGGUUCAGCUGCAGGCUUUCAUCAGAAACCAGAGGUUUUAGAGGCUGGAGACCACGGUAUUAAAUUGUUUGGCUAUUCCAUGGCUGGAAACAUGGAUAUGGACGGUAACGGCUAUCCAGACCUUGCUGUGGGUUCACUUUCAGAUACUGUGCUGAUUUACAGGACUAAACCAGUGGUAAACAUAGAAAAGACGCUGACAUUAACACCGAAUAAAAUUGACUUCAAGGCACAGGACUGCAAGAGAUAUCCAUGCAUUAUUACAGCUCAGUCCUGUUUCACUUACACUGCCCAGCCAGCUGCAUACAAUCCCAAACUGAGGAUCGAGUACAAGCUAAAGGCUGAUACAGUGCGCAGAGAGAGGGGUCUUCCUUCACGAGUGGUCUUUGUGAAUUCUGAGUCUGCGCAGGGAGACCUGGAACUGCCUGGCCAGGGCAAACGAGAGUGUGUCCAGACCAAGCUCAGGCUGCUGGGAGAUAUCCAGGACAAGCUGACCAGCAUUUCCAUCAGCUUAUCUAUUUCUUUGCCAUCUGACAAUCCAAAACAGACAAUCAGAAACCUCCCAGAUUUGGAGCCAGUUCUAAACGCUCUACAAGAAAACACAACCAAAGCAAAGGUCACCUUUAUGAAUGCCGACUGUGGAAGUGACAACAUCUGCCACAGUAACCUGCAGCUCCAGUAUACCUUCUGCACCAAAGACCAACAACAAGAAAAAUGUGACCCUCUGUCCAUGGAAAAUGGUGUUCCUGUCAUUUCUCCUGGUGAUGAGAACGUCGCCCUGCAGGUCACUGUAACCAACAUAGGAGGAGAAGAUGCACACCAGAGUCAACUGUCUGUGACGUUUCCAGAAUUUCUGCACCUAUCAUCAGUCGUGCCAAAGAAGAAUAGUGAAGCCCAGGUGCAGUGUAACCCCAAUGAGCACAAGACACAGGCUGACUGCCAACUUGGAAAUCCUUUUAAAAGAGACUCGGAGGUUUCUUUCUACCUGAUACUAAACACGGAAAGGCUUUCCUUGAAAGUGACAGGCGCUAAUGUGACUAUGUCCCUUAAAACGAUUAGCAUUCAAGAUAUUCCAAUAAUUGUUGCAGAAGCAAAAAUUAUCUUUGAACUGCAUCUGAAUGUCACUGGUGUUGCCAAACCUUCCCAGUUGUACUUUGGAGGAAAAGCGAAAGAUGAUAAAUCAAUGAAAUCAGAAGAUGAUAUUGGCUCUUUGGUCCAGUAUGAGUUCAGGAUUAUUAACAUUGGUCGGCCUCUAAAGUCCUUCGGUUCUGCAGUGCUGAACAUUCAGUGGCCAAAAGCAACCACGGAGGGAAAAUGGCUCAUGUACCUUGUGCAAAUCAGCGAUCUAGGAAAGAAUAUUAUUCACUGCACACCAUCAGAGGCUAUAAACCCACUCAGAUUUAUCAAGGCGUCAUCCAGAGGAAGGCGUGAACUAGAGCGUGAAUCAGGCCAGAAGGCUCUUGCCUCCACUACUGAUUUUUUUCCCUUUUUGGGCAACAAAAGAAAGUAUAAAACUCUGACGUGUGCUGACGACUUAAAAUGUGUGGAGAUAAAGUGCCCUCUUGAGGCACUGGACAGCACUGCAGGCAUCGUCCUUCAUGCUCGCUUAUGGAACAAUACUUUUCUUGAGGAGUAUAACUUGUUGAACUACUUGGAUAUUGUACUGGAUGCAUCUCUGACCCUUAAUGGGACUCAGGAGAAUAUUGGGAUUCAGCCAUCCAAUACUAAGGUGAAGCUAACUGUUUUUCGUGAAAGCAAGCCUGCUCUGCUCAGUCGAGUCCCGUGGUGGGUCAUUCUGCUCAGCAUUCUGACAGCACUGCUGUUUCUAGCUUUGCUCUUCUACUUGUUAUGGAAGUUUGAAUGCUUUAAUUAUUCCACAUGUGCCAAAGAGAAGAGUGGUUAAAAAUUAAGAGAGGAAAGUAUGACCAAACAGAGGUGUGUCUUUUUAAAGAUGGACAAAAAGAUGGUCUUCUGAUUCUGUGGAAUUGUUUUUCUGCA